AUGUUCUCUAAACUAGGUCACUCGCCACCCAGAGGGUUCAGCGCCUGGUUGGCUCUCCCUGCCUGUCUCCUGUGCCAGAGGCUUCGAGUCCGGGGAGAGAGAGAGAUGGGGAACAGCAUGAGAUCCGCGCAGGCUCCUCCCGAGAGGCCUCUGUCUGGCCCAAGUGGACUGGAAAGUGACUUCCUCGCUGUGCUGAAUGAUUACCCAUCUCCUGAUAUCAGCCCCCCAAUAUUCCGUCGAGGGGAGAAACUACGUGUACUUUCGGAUGAAGGGGGCUGGUGGAAAGCCAUUUCUCUUAGCACUGGUCGAGAGAAUUAUAUCCCUGGAAUAUGUGUAGCCAGAGUUUACCAUGGCUGGCUGUUUGAAGGGUUGGGCAGAGACAAAGCUGAGGAGCUGCUACAGCUGCCGGACACCAAGAUGGGUUCCUUCAUGAUCAGAGAGAGUGAGACAAAGAAAGGUUUUUAUUCACUCUCAGUGAGACAUCGACAGGUGAAGCACUAUCGCAUCUUCCGUCUGCCCAACAACUGGUAUUACAUUUCCCCGAGGCUCACUUUCCAGUGUUUGGAGGACCUGGUGAACCACUAUUCUGAGGUGGCCGAUGGCCUCUGCUGCGUGUUAACCACACCCUGCCUCACUCAGAGCACAGCCACACCUGCUCAGAUGGCUCCCAACUCGCCUGUCACCUUGCGCCAGAAAACAUUCGACUGGAGGAGGGCGCGCAGACUCCGGGAGCAAUCGGACCAGGAAGGAGCAGACAACCCCCUUGGUGUGGAUGAGUCUCUUUUCAGUUAUGGACUCAGAGAAAGCAUCGCCUCAUACCUCUCCCUGACCAGUGAGGACAGUAGCUCUUUUGAUCGCAAGAAGAAAAGUGUCUCUUUAAUGUACAGUGGAAACAAGAGAAAAAGUACCUUAUUCUCCCCGCCAUACUUCGAGGACUAGCCAAGACUGGAGCUGUGGUAGGCACCCAUGAAGAGAAGUGGAGGCUCGAACUGCCCCAUGGGGUCACCAAGAGAGCCACGCUUUCCUAGUUCUGGCCAGUCUCAUGUCUUCUAGCAGCCAUGAGAAGUCACAUGGAGCCUUGAAUUUGUAUCUUCUCUACCCACAUCAUGGCUCAGGGAACUCAAUCUUCCUGGCAUCUGAUCAGGACUGGGAAGCUACACCAUGUUGACUUUUUCAGAAGGUCUCUGUGUAUGUGAAUCUUUUCUUGAUGGUAAG